UGGCCCAGUGCAGUUAGUUUGGGUCACGUCAAGUCACCACAUACUCCACAGCUACAUUUUCCGUGAUUGUUUACCUUCGCGUCCAUGCGCCUCCAUCGUCCUUAUAAAAGGGCAUGGUCACACAGUCUGAGUGAUCUUUAUCGACUCUUUGACUUGCCAGUGACUUUAGCCAAAACAGCCAUAUUCUGGCGUCGUGGAGCUAGUAGUAAUCAAUAAAUAAAUGCCAAUGGAGCGUGCGGCACGGUGCUUAGUUUCCAAUGGGAUAUGCUUCAGAAGAACCGAAGCUCGGCCAAUAUCAUGUGCACGCGGACUUCCGAUCGGUAUUAUGGAGUCAGGCACAGCGGCGCAUCAGUGCAGUCCGUUCAGCACCACCCCUGUCCAGGAGGAGUGCGAAGUCGGUGACUAUCUCAGCGAAGUUUGUCUGUCACUAUCACGGUCUUCUUCGUUCUCGUUGUCAUCACGGUCAGCGAGUUUAAACUCCAGCAGUGCUUCCGCUCAUCAAGACAUCGCUUUGGAAGACUGGGUGAAGCCAAUGGCAAUGAACACACUGGAUCGCAUCAUCAAUCGUUUCACACUAGCCCUGAAGCGCCGACCUUGCCUGCUAGAGUCCGAGACCGUGUUCCGCUGCAUCGCGUCGGAGCUGAAGUUCAGCAUUCCGGAUGCCCUGUGCCUCCUCGCCCAAACGCGCAGUCCUGUGAAGGCACUCGAGCUGUGCUUGCUGCAGUGGCGAGGAACCAGCGGGCAUAAGGACCCAGCCACACUGGAAGAGGAGCUCUACAGGUCCAUAAAAAGCACCCAGUCGGAAGCCCUUCUCCUAGCGUAUACCGACCUACGGCAGAGUGUUAUCGAGGCACCUGUACUCGCACUACCCUGUCACAUUGUUGAGUAGAUCUCCACUGGCCACAUGGCGUGCGUACACCUGGGCAUCGGGAGCAGCCGGUGGCCGACACCCGCACCAGCCGAACUCCCAGGAGCUCGCGGAGUUCCCCAUGCCGUGCUGUAUACUAUAUAUGCACCCUGCACAGUGGACUCAUGAAUUGGCCACGAGGAGAGGAGCGGAUCAGGGGAAUGUCCGUUGUGCGCCACGCAGCGAAUAGGUGUUUCUGUGCACAGACCAGACACCUGUUGGCGACUGUGAGAGAUUGUCCCAACGGCCAGCUGGAUUUCAAGCUCACUGAACGCCAAUGCCGUUCACAUUCUGAACGGGACAGCCGGAAAACAUCUGAUUGACUUCAAGUGUGAUUUUCUCAAAAUCAUGUGCAGCCGGAUUACCGUAUUUUUUCGCGUGCUCUGGCUCCAAUGCUCCAGCAACUUCAGUGCUUCAAAAGCAUCCCUGAAAGGAUGGGGUUUGAAAGGAUCGCUAAGCCAGUUCAAGUCGACAUCUACAAACCGCACUGAGUCAAUGUGGCGAUGUGCAGCAUGGGGAGAUGAACAGAGCACUGACCAUGAUGCACCUGUUGCUCUCUAAGACUGGUCUCAUUGUGUUGGGAAACAGAAUGAUGACUGUAGCAGUUUAUAUUACACACUUUCAUCUGAGCCGCGUACAUAGCGUGCACAUAGGCAAAGAAUCUUGAUCCGCUGAUACUUGUAUUAGUUUUCGCAGACCUCAUUGAUUUUGAAAAGAAUUCCUCUCAUGUUGUUGUUCAUGCUUCGAAGUAACCAUUUGAAAUUUCACACAGGUCUAACUUCUGUACACAUCCUUUCUUGUAUUCUUGAUUUUGAGAGCUGAAAGUUAGCUUGAUAGAAAAUUGAGAGAUCUUGGCAGUAUGUCGGGAUAAUUUUUCAAUUCACCUCCUGUUUAUAAUUAUAUCCUUUAUUUUUGACUUUUCAUAUGUGGAGGAUUGCACAUUUUGAGAAUUCAACAUCCGGAACCUGUUUUUAGAUUGCCAAUACCGUUUGAUUCUACUAGCGCACAGUAUUCUGUAUUCCACACCAUCUCCAUUCGGAUAAAAUCUUGCACACAUCCUGUAUCCAUAGGGGUAUGUGUAGAAUGGAGUACUGGAGAGAUCAGGUCAUUUGAAGGUUUUUAAAUUGCCCCGUUUCUCAAUAUCGAGACUUUUUUAUCUUUGAAAACAG